UUCCGGUUCCGGUGGCUGCUGGGCUGGGUGGCGAGGGGGAGGCAGCAGGCGAAGGAGCGAGCGAGCCAGACACUCGGACGGGCGCAGACUCCGCCGCCCAGAGCCGCCGCCCGGGGACUGAGUCAGCAGGAGGGAGAAAAUGAAAGCAGGCUGCAGCAUUGUGGAUAAGCCAGAAGGAGCAGGAGGCUAUCACUUCCCAGAGUGGGCAUACAAAACUGAAUCGAGCCCCGGCUCCCGUCAGAUCCAGCUCUGGCACUUCAUCCUGGAGCUGCUGCAGAAGGAGGAGUUCCGCCAUGUCAUCGCCUGGCAGCAGGGCGAGUAUGGGGAGUUUGUGAUCAAGGACCCCGACGAGGUGGCGCGUCUGUGGGGCAGGAGGAAAUGCAAACCGCAAAUGAACUACGACAAGCUGAGCCGGGCCCUCAGAUAUUAUUAUAACAAGAGGAUUCUUCACAAGACAAAAGGCAAAAGGUUUACCUACAAGUUCAACUUCAACAAGCUGGUGAUGCCCAACUAUCCAUUUAUUAACAUACGGCCCAAUGGUGUCGUCCCACAGAGUGCCCCACCCGUCCCCACCGCUUCGUCCCGCUUCCAUUUCCCACCCUUGGACAGCCACUCUCCCACCGCGGACACCCAGCCCAGCCGGUUCUCCGGUGGAUCCCUGGGGCCAGCCAGCCAGGAGCCUCUGAACGACAGCGGCGACAGGAAGCCGGACGUGCCGGAGUUGGAGGAUGUCUCCUCAGACUGGCGGCGUGGCGUGGAUCUCAUGGCUUCUCGGAAUGCCGUGGGCCCGGGGAGCAUCAAUAACCCGAAGCGCAAGCCGGAGGUCAUGCUGCCUCUCUUCACGAGGCCUGGGAUCUACCCGGAUCCUCACAGUCCUUUUGCCGUGUCCCCUCUUCCAGGACGCGGUGGGGUCUUAAAUGUCCCAAUCUCGCCUGCCUUGUCUCUGACUCCAACCCUCUUCUCCUACAGCCCCUCGCCAGGUCUCAGCCCCUUCACAGGUAGCAGCUGCUUCUCUUUCAACCCCGAGGAAAUGAAACACUACCUGCAUUCACAAGCCUGCUCGGUCUUCAACUACCACCUGAGCCCGCGGACUUUCCCCCGCUAUCCGGGGCUCAUGGUCCCACCACUACAGUGCCAGAUGCAUCCCGAAGAGCAGCCCCAGUUCCCGAUCAAGCUACAGCCUCCACCUGUGGGACGGAAGAACAGAGAGAGACUGGAAAGCACUGAAGAGGCGACUGCCCCACAGCUCGCUCCUGCUUCGCCCAGGGUUAAGGUUGAGCCCAUAGCGGACAAGGAGCUUGAGAAUGAAGAGCCACCAGCCAAAGGGAAGGACAAAAGUGAGGAGGAGGAGGAAGGGCCUGGCAUGGUAAUGCCAAACACCAGCCUGGAAGGAGAGAGAGGGGCUAUAUUUGCCAGGCCAGCUGCCCCGUCCUGGCCCUCUGCACCACCCGCACCUACCCGGAUAAACUUCCCCACUGAAGAAUCCCAGGGGCAAGGGGAAGGAGGUGGAGAGAAGCCAUCCAGAGAGCCAGUGGGAGACACCGGGGCGCAGGAAAAGAGAGAGGAUGCCCUGAUGCCACCAAAACUGCGUCUGAAACGUCGUUGGAAUGGUGACCGGCAGGCUGAAGGCCCAGAGGAGCACCAGAAUGGGAAGCUGCACUGGAACGGCGUGCUGAGUGCCUCGCGCCUCGUCCCACCGCCCAAGGCAGUGACAGCCACGGCUACAUCGGACACCUAGGAACUAACUGGAAAGCGCUACAGUCCGUUUGUGUUAGAAUCCAUGUAUUUAUGUAGCAAUGUUGCGGCGGGGGUGGGGGACUAGAAUGGUUUGAUAAUUCUAGGGACUAGGACUUUGGGUUUUUGUUUUGUUUUUAAUUUGUUGAAUCGAAGGUGAGACUCUGCUGGUCCUGGUAAGGAGAGGGAGGCGCUAACCUCUUCUGUGCGUGAGGUCGAGGCCUGACGCAAACUCCAGAAAGACCAAGUCUCAGUCUCCAGUGAGGCUUAUGAACUCCAGACAUAAUCUACUUUAUAUUCUCUAGUAUUUAUAGAAGCAAGAAUCUGACUAUAGUUUCUUUUUAUGGCGUCGGGUGCGGCAGUGGAAAAAGAUUUCCUAAACAGUUCAAUCGGAGAUGCGAUUUUUUUUUUUGGUCGGCAUCACGAGCUGUCGCUCUUUUCAGCGGGUUUGGCGGACGGGAAUGUUGCACUGUCUUUAAAUUGAAACAGAGAUUGCAGAAAGACAAACACAAAAAACCAAAACAGCUUGGCGUCAGUAGGAGGAAGCUGCUGAAAACUCAGCAGUCAGUGGUUUUUGCGUCAAGCUGUAUUUCUGACAAACAGCUCUCAUUAGGACUUGAAGACGCAAUGGUCGUUCUUGCAGCCUUCUUGAAAUAUUGAAAAAGCCAUGAGCAAUUGUCAAAUCUUUUCAGGGAAGGGAGUAGUGGAGUGGGAAAAAUAACCUAAUGCCUUUAAUAGAAUGCAUUAAAAUGUACCCUAGGUUUUUUUCUUCUCCUUUCUAAUAGUAUGGGUGAGGUGGGGAAGUGAUUGGAAGAUUAACCCUCUAAUUUGAUUGUGGUGAGUUCAUGGAAAAGGAAUGAGCUUUGUUAAAUCUACUCCCUUUAUUGUUUGGUUCCCCUAUCACUUUGAGUCAUGCCUUAAGUACAUAGAUACACUUUACGUGAUCAGGGUCUGUUGACAGAAGAAACUUGUAUAACAUCUGGAUCACCUUGACCGAGGUUGGGUUUCCAUUUGGUAUUGGGGGUCUGUCUCACUUUUAAUACCAUUGGAAGGAA